GUUGGGCGAUAGCCCCGCGAGAUUCCCGCCGCCUCCCUCCCACGUCAUGUUUUCUCUUUGACAAGCUGCCGCCGCUGCGGAAAGAUCGCGGCUCUGGGCCGGGACCUGCCACCUUCGGACCCCGACCAGCUGCCGCUCCGCCUGGACCCUGGACUAAUGGCAGAAGAAUAAACAAAGAUGGCAGCUAUGGUGCCACCAGUGAAGCUGAAAUGGCUUGAACAUCUAAACAGUUCCUGGAUCACAGAAGACAGUGAAUCUAUUGCCACUAGGGAGGGAGUUUCUGUCCUGUAUUCUAAAUUAGUCAGCAAUAAGGAAGUAGUGCCCUUGCCCCAACAGGUUCUGUGCCUCAAAGGACCUCAGUUACCAGAUUUUGAACGUGAAUCCUUAUCCAGUGAUGAACAGGACCACUACUUGGAUGCCCUACUUAGCAGCCAGCUGGCACUGGCUAAGAUGGUGUGUUCAGAUUCUCCAUUUGCUGGAGCACUUCGAAAACGUCUGCUUGUGUUGCAGCGUGUCUUUUAUGCACUUUCUAAUAAAUAUCAUGAUAAAGGCAAGGUGAAACAGCAACAGCAUUCUCCAGAAAGCAGUUCUGGAUCAACAGAUGUCCAUUCUAUCAGUGAGCGUCCCAGGUCAAGUACAGAUGCUCUAAUAGAAAUGGGAGUCCGGACUGGACUAAGCUUGCUAUUUGCACUACUAAGACAAAGUUGGAUGAUGCCUGCUUCAGGACCUGGCCUAAGUCUUUGCAAUGAUGUCAUUCAUACUGCAAUAGAAGUUGUGAGCUCUUUGCCACCCUUAUCUCUAGCAAAUGAAAGUAAGAUUCCACCAAUGGGACUUGACUGUUUAUCACAAGUAACGACAUUUCUUAAAGGAGUAACUAUUCCUAACUCUGGGGCAGAUACUUUAGGUCGUAGGCUAGCAUCUGAGUUGCUUCUUGGUUUAGCUGCCCAGCGUGGUUCUCUGAGAUACCUUCUUGAAUGGAUAGAGAUGGCUCUAGGAGCAUCAGCAGUAGUAAAUGCAAUGGAGAAAAACAAAAUGCUGCCAAGUCAAGAAGGGAUGAUCAGUUUUGACUGCUUUAUGAAUAUAUUAACACAGAUGCGGAGAUCUUUGGGAUCAUCUGCUGAUCGAAGUCAGUGGAGGGAACCAACUAGAACACCUGAUGGUUUAUGCUCUCUCUAUGAGGCAGCUUUGUGUUUGUUUGAGGAGGUUUGUCGAAUGGCAUCAGACUAUUCUAGAACAUGUGCCAGCCCUGACAGUAUACAAACUGGUGAUGCUCCCAUUGUUUCUGAGACUUGUGAAGUAUAUGUUUGGGGUAGUAACAGCAGCCACCAGCUGGUAGAAGGAACACAAGAGAAAAUACUUCAGCCCAAACUAGCACCAAGUUUUUCUGAUGCACAAACUAUUGAAGCCGGACAAUAUUGUACUUUUGUCAUUUCCACGGAUGGUUCUGUCAGAGCCUGUGGUAAAGGCAGCUAUGGGAGGCUAGGACUUGGUGAUUCCAAUAACCAGUCCACACUGAAAAAAUUGACUUUUGAGCCUCACAGGUCUAUUAAAAAAGUAUCAUCUUCUAAAGGAUCUGAUGGUCACACUUUAGCAUUUACCACAGAGGGGGAAGUCUUCAGCUGGGGUGAUGGUGACUAUGGAAAACUGGGACAUGGAAAUAGCUCAACACAGAAAUAUCCCAAACUUAUUCAGGGUCCUUUACAAGGAAAGAUAGUUGUAUGUGUGUCAGCUGGAUACAGACACAGUGCUGCUGUUACAGAAGAUGGAGAGUUGUAUACUUGGGGUGAAGGAGACUUUGGAAGACUAGGUCAUGGUGACAGCAAUAGCCGUAACAUUCCCACUUUAGUCAAAGACAUUAGCAAUGUAGGAGAAGUUUCCUGUGGCAGUUCACACACAAUAGCGCUAUCCAAAGAUGGAAGAACAGUAUGGUCAUUUGGAGGAGGAGAUAAUGGUAAACUUGGCCAUGGUGAUACCAAUAGAGUAUAUAAACCUAAAGUUAUAGAAGCUUUACAAGGAAUGUUUAUUCGCAAAGUGUGUGCUGGGAGCCAAUCUUCACUUGCCUUGACAUCAACAGGACAGGUAUAUGCAUGGGGCUGUGGUGCAUGCCUGGGCUGUGGUUCUUCAGAAGCUACUGCUCUUAGACCCAAGCUGAUUGAAGAGCUGGCUGCUACAAGAAUAGUUGAUACUUCAAUUGGUGACAGCCAUUGUUUGGCACUUUCUCAUGAUAAUGAAGUUUAUGCUUGGGGUAACAAUUCCAUGGGACAGUGCGGUCAGGGAAAUUCCACUGGUCCCAUUACUAAACCAAAGAAAGUAAGUGGUUUAGACGGAAUAGCAAUUCAGCAGAUUUCAGCUGGCACUUCUCAUAGCCUUGCCUGGACAGCCCUUCCAAGGGACAGACAAGUUGUUGCAUGGCACAGACCAUACUGUGUAGACCUUGAAGAAAGUACCUUCUCCCAUCUCCGGUCCUUUCUUGAGCGGUACUGUGAUAAAAUUAACAGCGAGAUUCCCCCUCUUCCUUUCCCUUCAUCAAGAGAACAUCACAAUUUCCUGAAGUUGUGCCUGAAGUUGCUUUCUAAUCAUCUUGCUCUUGCGUUAGCUGGAGGAGUAGCUACUAGCAUUCUUGGAAGGCAGGCAGGCCCACUUCGGAAUUUGCUGUUUAGGUUGAUGGACUCCUCUGUCCCAGAUGAAAUACAGGAAGUUGUAAUUGAGACGCUGUCAGUAGGUGCAACUAUGUUACUACCUCCAUUGCGAGAAAGAAUGGAAUUGCUGCAUUCUCUUCUACCCCAAGGCCCUGAUAGAUGGGAGAGCUUAUCGAAGGGGCAGAGAAUGCAGUUGGAUAUUAUUCUGACGAGUUUGCAAGAUCAUACCCAUGUAGCCUCACUACUUGGUUAUAGUUCACCAUCUGAUGCAACAGAAGUUUCUUCACUAUCUGUUGGCUAUGGAAACCUCUCUGAUCAAACAUAUGGUGUCCAGAGCAGCCAUCCAGAUACUCAUCUAGCUGAAAUUUUAAUGAAGACUCUGCUAAGAAAUUUAGGAUUUUACACGGAUCAAGCCUUUGGAGAGUUGGAAAAGAAUAGUGAUAAGUUUUUACUUGGGACGUCAUCAUCUGAAAACAGCCAACCUGCUCAUCUUCAUGAGCUGUUGUGUUCACUGCAGAAACAAUUGCUGGCUUAUUGUCAUAUCAACAGUGUUAGUGAGAAUUCUAGCAGUGUUGCACUGCUACACAAACACCUCCAGCUUUUACUGCCUCAUGCUACAGAUAUCUAUUCACGUUCUGCAACUCUUCUUAAGGAAAGUUCUUGGAAUGGCAGUGUUGGGGAAAAACUAAGAGAUGUAGUUUAUGUAUCUGCAGCUGGCAGUAUGCUGUGCCAGAUUGUUAACUCAUUGUUGUUACUGCCCGUGUCAGUGGCCCGGCCUUUAUUGAGUUAUCUGCUAGAUCUGUUGCCACCUCUUGAUCGCCUUAAUAGACUGUUACCUGCUGCUGCCCUAUUAGAAGAUCAGGAAUUACAGUGGCCGCUUCAUGGUGGAACUGAACUAAUUGAUCCUGCUGGAGUGCCCUUACCUCAGCCUGCCCAAUCUUGGGUAUGGCUUGUUGAUCUAGAGAGAACUGUAGCUCUGCUUAUUGGACGCUGUCUUGGUGGAAUGCUUCAGGGAUCCCACGUGUCCCCAGAGGAACAGGAUACAGCCUAUUGGUUGAAAACACCACUGUUCAGUGAUGGAGUGGAAAUGGACAUUCCUCAUUUAGACAAAUGCAUGAGUUCCCUGUUGGAAGUGGCCCUCUCUGGAAAUGAGGAACAGAAGCCAUUUGAUUAUAAGCUGCGACCUGAGAUUGGUGUCUUCGUUGAUUUGGCCUUGGGUUGUACAAAAGAGCCAGCCCGUAGUCUCUGGCUCAGUAUGCAAGACUAUGCUGUUAGUAAAGAUUGGGACAGUGCAACCUUAAGUAACGAGUCACUCUUGGAUACUGUGUCUAGAUUUGUUCUUUCAGCUCUUUUGAAACACACAAAUUUACUUAGUCAAGCUUGUGGUGAGAGCAGAUAUCAGCCUGGCAAAGCCCUGGCAGAAGUAUACCGCUGUGUGUAUAAAGUUCGGAGUCGCUUGCUUGCUUGCAAAAACAUGGAACUUAUUCAAACUAGGUCAUCCUCAAGAGACAGAUGGAUGUCAGAAAACCAGGAGUCUGCAGAUAUUGAUCCCCAAGAGCAUUCUUUUACUCGGACCAUUGAUGAAGAAGCUGAAAUGGAGGAGCAGGCAGAGAGAGACAGAGAAGAGGGGCAUCCAGAACAAGAAGAUGAAGAGGAGGAAAGAGAGCAUGAAGUCAUGACAGCCGGAAAAAUAUUUCAAUGUUUCCUAUCAGCCCGUGAAGUAGCUCGCAGUCGGGAUCGAGAUAGGAUGAACACUGGAAAUGGGACUAGAGUUGAUGAUCAGCCUCCUCAGUCCCAACAGGAACGAAGAGUUAGCACAGAUCUUCCGGAGGGUCAAGAUGUGUACACUGCUGCAUGCAACUCUGUGAUCCAUAGAUGUGCCUUGUUGAUCUUAGGAGUAAGCCCUGUUAUUGAAGAGCUCCAAAAACGAAGGGAGGAAGGACAGUUGCAGCAAACUUCAACUAGUACACCUGAAGGGAUUGGACUCAUGACUAGGAGUGAAAGUCUUACUGCAGAGAGUCGUUCAACCCACUCUAGUUCAAACUAUAGGCUGAUCAAAUCGAGGAGUGAAUCUGAUUUAUCUCAGCCUGAAUCAGAUGAAGAGGGUUACUCACUGAGUGGAAGACGAAAUGUUGAUUUGGAUUUGGCAUCCUCACAUAGAAAGAAGGGAGCAAUGCACAGUCAAGUGGAACCGCUAAGUGACUCAUGGGCUCGACUAAAACACAGCAGAGAUUGGUUGUACAGCUCCUCUUACUCAUUUGUUGAAUCUGAUUUUGAUCUUUCAAAAUCCCUUGGAGUUCAUACUUUGAUUGAAAAUGUUGUCAGUUUCGUAAGUGGAGAUGUAGGAAACUCACCAGGUUUUAAGGAACCAGAGGAAAGUAUGUCCACUAGUCCCCAGGCUUCAGUUAUUGCAAUGGAACAGCAGCAGCUGAGGGCCGAGCUUCGUUUGGAAGCACUUCAUCAGAUCCUAGUAUUGCUGUCAGGGAUGGAGGAGAAAGGUAGUGCCCCAUUAAUGGGAAGCCGUCAAGGGCCAGCAUUUCAGUCUUCCUCACUGCUUACUUCUGUUAGACUACAGUUUCUAGCUGGAUGCUUUGGCUUGGGCACUGUUGGACAUGCAGGAGCCAAAGGGGAGAGUGUCCGAUUGCAUCACUAUCAGGAUGGUAUCCGAGCAGCCAAGAGAAAUAUUCAGAUUGAAAUCCAAGUGGCUGUGCACAAGAUUUACCAGCAAUUAUCUGUUACAUUGGAGAGAGCUCUGCAAGCAAAUAAACACCACAUAGAAGCACAACAGCGCCUCCUGUUGGUAACUGUCUUUGCUCUAAGUGUACACUAUCAGCCUGUUGAUGUCUCCUUGGCCAUUUCCACUGGUCUACUAAAUGUACUAUCACAGUUGUGUGGCACAGACACCAUGCUGGGACAGCCACUGCAAUUAUUGCCCAAAACUGGUAUUUCUCAACUCAGCACUGCUUUGAAAGUGGCUAGUACAAGGUUGCUUCAAAUCCUUGCCAUUACCACAGGAACUUAUGCUGAUAAAUUGAGUCCCAAAGUGGUCCAGUCUUUGCUGGAUCUGCUAUGCAGUCAGUUGAAGAACCUGUUAUCACAAGCUGGUGUGAUGCUUAUGGCUUCCUUCGGAGAAGGUGAAGGUGAGGAAGAUGAGGAAGAAGAAGAAGAAGAAGAAAAGAAGUUAGAUUCAAAUGGAGAUAAUGAGAAGAAAGACUUCAGAGCUGCACUCCGGAAGCAACAUGCAGCAGAAUUGCACCUGGGAGACUUUUUAGUCUUUCUACGAAGAGUUGUUUCUUCAAAAGCCAUUCAGUCAAAAAUGGCUUCUCCAAAAUGGACAGAGGUGCUUCUUAAUAUUGCAUCUCAAAAGUGUUGUUCAGGAGUACCUCUAGUGGGCAACCUAAGGACCAGACUCCUUGCACUUCAUGUACUAGAAGCUGUGUUGCCUGCGUGUGAAUCUGGUGUUGAAGAUGAUCAGAUGGCUCAGGUUGUUGAACGAUUGUUCUCACUUCUGUCUGACUGCAUGUGGGAGACACCGAUAGCUCAGGCUAAAUAUGCAAUUCAAAUAAAAGAGAGAGAACAAGAAAUGAAGCUGCAGAAGCAGGGAGAAUCUGAAGAAGAGGACGAGAAUCUUCCUAUACAGGAAGUGUCCUUUGAUCCUGAGAAAGCUCAAUGCUGCAUAGUAGAGAAUGGGCAGAUUUUAACUCAUGGCAGUGGAGGUAAAGGAUACGGACUAGCAUCCACAGGAGUCACUUCUGGGUGUUAUCAGUGGAAGUUCUAUAUUGUGAAGGAAAAUCGAGGCAAUGAAGGCACAUGCGUAGGAGUGUCUCGCUGGCCAGUACAUGACUUUAACCAUCGCACUACCUCAGAUAUGUGGCUGUAUAGAGCCUACAGUGGUAACCUGUAUCAUAAUGGGGAACAGACUUUGACUCUGUCCAGUUUUACCCAAGGAGACUUCAUCACAUGUGUAUUAGAUAUGGAAGCUAGAACUAUUUCCUUUGGUAAAAAUGGAGAGGAGCCAAAACUAGCUUUUGAAGAUGUGGAUGCAGCAGAAUUAUACCCUUGUGUAAUGUUUUAUAGCAGUAACCCAGGGGAAAAGGUGAAAAUUUGUGAUAUGCAGAUGCGUGGCACCCCAAGGGACUUGCUACCUGGUGACCCUAUCUGUAGUCCUGUUGCUGCAGUGCUGGCAGAGGCCACUAUCCAACUUAUCCGCAUCCUUCAUCGUGCAGACCGUUGGACGCACUGCAUCAAUAAAAAAAUGAUGGAACGGCUACACAAAAUCAAAAUGUGCCUUAAAGAAGCAGGUCAAAAACUGAAGAAAAGUCGCUCGGUCCAAAGUCGAGAUGAGAAUGACAUGAGAGAGGAGAAAGAGAAUAAAGAAGAGGAGAAAAAUAAACAUAGUAGACAUGGUCUUGCUGACCUCUCGGAACUUCAGCUUAAGACUCUCUGUGUAGAGGUGUGGCCUGUGCUUGCAGUAAUUGGUGGAGUUGAUGCUGGUCUUAGAGUUGGAGGCCGAUGUGUACACAAGCAAACUGGACGUCAUGCCACUUUACUUGGAGUAGUCAAAGAGGGCAGUACGUCUGCUAAGGUCCAGUGGGAUGAAGCAGAGAUUACUAUCAGCUUCCCAACUUUUUGGUCGCCUAGUGAUACUCCAUUGUAUAAUCUGGAGCCCUGUGAACCACUGCCUUUUGAUGUUGCAAGAUUCCGUGGACUGACAGCUACUGUGUUGCUGGACCUUACCUAUCUGACUGGUAUUCAUGAAGACAUGGGGAAACAAAGUGCCAAGAGACAUGAGAAAAAACACAGACAUGAGACUGAAGAUAAAGGGGACAUUGAACAAAAAACGGAGGGGGACACUGGAUCAGAUAUGCGAUCACUACUAAGUGCUGAUGAUAUCAGAGGACCUAUCACCACGUGUUCCAAGUCAGAAAAUGAAAUAGCUUCCUUCUCUUUAGAACCAACACCACUAGGUAUGGAGUCCCAGCAUCAACCCAUAGAAGGAAAAAGAAAGAAUCAUGAACACAUACCAAGAAAUCAUGAUGUAGUACAGUCAGAAAUCAGAGCAGUACAGUUAUCCUAUCUUUACCUUGGUGCUAUGAAAUCGCUGAGUGCUCUUCUUAGUUGUAGUAAAUAUGCUGAGUUACUACUGAUACCAAAAGUCCUUGCAGAAAAUGGUCACAAUUCUGAUUGUGCUAGUUCUCCAGUUGUUCAUGAAGAUGUUGAAAUGCGUGCUGCAUUGCAGUUCCUGAUGCGACACAUGGUGAAAAGGGCAGUCAUGCGUUCACCAAUAAAGAGAGCUCUAGGACUAGCAGAUUUGGAACGAGCACAAGCCAUGAUCUACAAGUUAGUGGUUCAUGGGCUGUUGGAGGACCAGUUUGGUGGCAAGAUUAAACAAGAAGUAGACCAGCAAGCAGAAGAAAGUGAACAAGCUCAACAGGCCCAAACACCAGUUACUACCAGUCCUUCUGCUUCUAGUACUACAUCUUUUAUGAGCAGCUCUCUGGAGGAUACUACUACUGCUACUACCCCAGUAACAGAUACUGAAACAGUGCCAGCUUCAGAAUCACCUGGAGUUAUGCCUCUUAGUCUUCUUAGGCAAAUGUUCUCAAGUUACCCAACCACUACAGUACUUCCAACACGACGUGCACAAACUCCUCCAAUAUCCUCCUUACCAACAUCUCCUUCUGAUGAAGUGGGAAGGAGGCAGAGUCUGACCUCUCCUGAUUCCCAGUCCGCAAGACCUGCCAAUCGUACAGCUUUGUCAGAUCCAAGUAGUCGGCUUUCAACUUCUCCUCCUCCACCUGCCAUUGCUGUUCCAUUGUUAGAAAUGGGAUUCUCUCUCAGGCAAAUUGCAAAAGCUAUGGAAGCCACAGGUGCAAGAGGAGAAGCGGAUGCUCAGAAUAUCACAGUGCUGGCCAUGUGGAUGAUAGAGCAUCCUGGGAAUGAAGAAGAUGAAGAGCCCCAGUCAGAAGGAACUGCAGAUUCACAUCAUGGGACAAUAGUUUCUGGAAGCAGUGGAAAAUCUAGUGAACAGUGUUAUUUACAAUCACCAGGAGAUAUCCCUUCAGCUGAUGCCACUGAAAUGGAGGAAGGUUUCAGUGAAAGUCCUGAUAAUAUGGAUCAUGCAGAGAAUGCAGCUUCUGGAAGUGGACCCCCCUCAAGAGGUCGGUCAGCAGUAACAAGGAGACACAAAUUUGACUUAGCUGCCCGGACAUUGCUAGCACGUGCUGCGGGAUUAUACCGCUCCGUACAGGCUCACAGAAAUCAGAGUCGGAGAGAGGGAAUAUCUUUGCAGCAAGAUCCAGGAGCCUUAUAUGACUUCAACUUGGAUGAAGAGUUAGAAAUUGACCUUGAUGAUGAAGCAAUGGAAGCAAUGUUUGGACAGGAUCUGGCCAGUGAUAAUGAUAUUCUGGGAAUGUGGAUCCCAGAGGUAUUGGAUUGGCCUACCUGGCAUGUUUGUGAGUCUGAAGACAGAGAAGAAGUGGUGGUUUGUGAAUUGUGUGAAUCCAGUGUUGUCAGCUUCAAUCAACACAUGAAAAGAAAUCACCCUGGUUGUGGCCGUAGUGCAAAUCGACAAGGCUAUCGUAGCAAUGGUUCCUAUGUGGAUGGAUGGUUCGGUGGUGAAUGUGGAAGUGGAAAUCCAUACUACCUAUUGUGUGGCAGCUGCAGAGAGAAAUAUUUGGCCUUGAAAAGUAAAUCCAAGACAUCAACAUCAGAAAGGUACAAAGGCCAGGCUCCUGACUUAAUAGGCAAGCAAGACAGUGUCUAUGAAGAAGACUGGGAUAUGUUGGAUGUUGAUGAAGAUGAAAAGCUGACAGGAGAAGAGGAAUUUGAGUUACUGGCUGGCCCCCUGGGGUUAAAUGAUCGCCGUAUUGUACCUGAGGCAGUUCAGUUCCCUGACAGUGAUCCACUAGGAGCAUCAGUUGCAAUGGUCACGGCCACCAACAGUAUGGAGGAGACUUUGAUGCAGAUAGGCUGUCACGGCUCCAUAGAAAAAAGUUCUUCUGGCAGGAUAACCCUGGGGGAACAAGCUGCUGCUCUAGUAAAUCCACAUGACCGUGUUAUGGCACUAAGAAGAGUGACAGCAGCAGCCCAAGUACUUCUUGCAAGAACCAUGGUUAUGAGAGCACUCUCACUAUUGUCUGUCAGUGGGUCCAGUUGUAGUCUUGCGGCUGGUCUUGAGUCCUUGGGUUUAACGGAUAUCCGAACUUUGGUUCGAUUAAUGUGCCUGGCUGCAGCAGGGAGAGCAGGCCUUUCAACAAGUCCAUCCACUAUGUCCAGUACUACAGAGCGUUCUAGAGGAGUACAUAGUAAAACAAGCAAGCCUAUAUCUUGCCUGGCGUACCUGAGUACAGCCGUAGGCUGUUUGGCAUCAAAUACUCCUAGUGCUGCAAAACUGCUGGUACAGUUGUGUACACAGAACUUGAUUUCUGCUGCGACUGGUGUAAAUUUGACUACAGUUGAUGAUCCAAUUCAAAGAAAAUUUUUGCCAAGCUUUCUGCGAGGAAUUGCAGAAGAAAACAAGCUUGUAACAUCGCCCAACUUUGUGGUAACUCAGGCACUUGUAGCAUUGUUGGCAGACAAAGGGGCCAAAUUGAGGCCGAACUAUGAUAAAGCAGAAAUUGAAAAGAAAGGCCCUCUGGAGCUGGCUAAUGCAUUAGCAGCUUGCUGCCUUUCCUCAAGGUUGUCUUCACAACAUAGGCAGUGGGCUGCACAGCAGCUUGUGCGAACUCUUGCAGCACAUGACCGAGACAACCAAAUUAGCCCUCAGACCCUUGCUGAUAUGGGUGGAGAUCUACGAAAAUGCUCCUUCAUAAAACUGGAGGCUCAUCAGAACAGGGUCAUGACAUGUUUUUGGUGCAAUAAAAAGGGACUUUUGGCAACUAGUGGAAAUGAUGGGACUAUAAGAGUGUGGAAUGUAACAAAGAAGCAGUAUUCAUUGCAGCAAACAUGUGUAUUCAACAAAUUAGAAGGUGAUUCAGAAGAAAGUCUGGGAUCACCCAGUGACCCUAGCUUGUCUCUUAUCUGUUGGAGCAUCAGUGGCAAGUAUCUGGCUGGAGCUUUGGAAAAAAUGGUGAACAUAUGGCAAGUCAAUGGAGGAAAAGGAUUACUAGACCUUCAGCCACAUUGGGUAUCUGCUCUAGCUUGGCCAGAAGAAGGGCCAUCUGCAGCAUGGACAGGAGACACUCCAGAAGUAUUAUUAGUAGGUCGUAUGGAUGGAUCUCUUGGGCUUAUUGAAGUUGUAGAUCUUUCAACCAUGCAUCGAUUAGAACUGGAGCAUUGCUACAGAAAGGAUGUUUCUGUCACAUGCCUUGCGUGGUUCAGUGAAGACAGACCAUUUGCAGUUGGCUAUUCAGAUGGAAAAUUGCUGAUAGGUACGAAGGAGCCACUUGAAAAAGGAGGAAUUGUUCUAGUUGAUGCACAUAAGGACACCAUUGUUAGUGUGAAGUGGGAUCCAACUGGUAAGAUUCUCAUGACAUGUGCCAAAGAAGAAACGGUGAAACUCUGGAGAUAUAUGGGGGGAUGCUGGAGACGUUUGCAUUCACUCUCCCAUCCAGCUAUUGUGAAUAGUAUUACCUGGUGCAACCUUCCAGGGAAAGGACCCAAGCUGCAGUUGUUACUGGCUACAGGAUGCCAGAAUGGCUUAGUGUGUGUUUGGAGUGUUCCCCAGGAUAUGCUGAUCAUGUUGCAGUCCAGCUCAAGUAGUGCAGAAGGAUGGUGGGAACAGGAAACAAGUGGCAAGGAUGGAUACAGAAAAGCAGUGGAUGCCAAGUGCAUUUAUCAGCUGAGAGGACAUAUUACUCCUGUUCGGACUGUGGCCUUCAGCUCUGAUGGACUGGUAUUAGUGUCUGGUGGGCUCGGUGGGCUCAUGAACAUUUGGUCUUUACGGGAUGGCUCUGUAUUACAAAGUGUUGUGAUCGGUUCUGGAGCUAUUCAGACUGCAGUAUGGAUCCCUGAUGUUGGAGUAGCUGCUUGCUCAAAUAGAUCAAAGGAUGUGUUGGUGGUGAAUUGCACAUCAGAGUGGAUAUCUUCCAAUCAUGUCCUUGCAACAUGUAGGACUGCACUGAAACAACAGGGAGUUUUAGGAUUAAAUGUGGCCCCUUGCAUGAGGGCUUUCUUGGAACGUUUGCCAAUAAUGCUUCAGGAACAGUAUGCCUAUGAAAAGCCCCAUGUGGUCUGUGGAGAUCAGCUUGUUCAUAGCCCUUAUAUGCAGUGCCUGGCUUCACUUGCUGUGGGGCUUCACCUCGAUCAGCUUUUGUGCAAUCCACCAAUACCGCCUCAUCACCAGAACUGCCUCCCUGAUCCCUCAGCUUGGAAUCCUACAGAGUGGGCCUGGUUAGAAUGUUUUUCAACUACUAUAAAAGCUGCUGAAGCUCUGGCCAAAGGAGCACAGUUUCCAGAAUCCUUUACUGUUCCAGAUCUGGAGCCUGUGCCAGAGGAUGAGCUUACACUUCUAAUGGAUAACAGUAAAUGGAUUAAUGGUAUGGAUGAGCAGAUUAUGUCCUGGGCAACAUCAAGGCCUGAGGAUUGGCACCUUGGUGGCAAAUGUGAUGUGUAUCUAUGGGGAGCAGGGCGCCAUGGGCAGCUAACAGAAGCUGGUAGAAAUGUCAUGAUACCAGUAGCAGCACCUUCAUUCUCACAGGCUCAACAGGUUAUUUGUGGUCAGAACUGUACUUUUGUCAUUCAAGCUAACGGUACAGUUUUGGCUUGUGGAGAAGGGAGUUAUGGCAGAUUGGGACAAGGAAAUUCUGAUGACCUUCAUGUGUUAACUGUUAUUUCAGCACUUCAAGGUUUUGUUGUAACACAGCUAGUGACCUCUUGUGGAUCUGAUGGACAUUCCAUGGCUUUGACAGAAAGUGGUGAGGUCUUUAGCUGGGGCGAUGGAGAUUAUGGUAAACUGGGCCAUGGGAACAGUGACAGACAGCGCAGACCCAGGCAAAUAGAGGCCUUACAAGGAGAAGAAGUGGCACAGAUGUCAUGUGGCUUUAAACACUCAGCAGUGGUGACCGCGGAUGGCAAAUUGUUUACAUUUGGAAAUGGUGACUAUGGUCGACUGGGUCUAGGAAACACUUCCAACAAGAAACUUCCUGAAAGAGUGACAGCACUGGAGGGUUAUCAGAUUGGACAGGUGGCCUGUGGACUAAACCAUACUGUAGUUGUGUCCACAGAUGGCUCAAUGGUGUGGGCUUUUGGAGAUGGAGAUUAUGGAAAACUUGGUCUGGGAAAUUCCACAGCAAAAUCCUCACCACAGAAAGUGGAUAUUCUUUGUGGAAUUGGAAUAAAGAAAGUUGCCUGUGGAACGCAGUUUUCUGUUGCAUUGACAAAAGAUGGUCAUGUAUAUACUUUUGGACAAGAUCGGCUGAUUGGCUUGCCUGAGGGCCGAGCUCGAAAUCACAACAGACCACAGCAAGUUCCAGUGCUGUCAGGAAUAUUCAUUGAAGAUAUAGCUGUAGGAGCAGAGCAUACACUAGCUUUAUCAUCAUCUGGUGAUGUGUAUGCCUGGGGUAGCAACUCAGAAGGGCAGCUUGGACUGGGCCAUACCAACCAUGUCAGAGAACCCACCUUAAUAACUGUUCUACAAGGAAAGAAUAUUCGACAGAUCUCAGCAGGACGUUGUCACAGUGCCGCCUGGACUGCCCCACCUGUCCCACCGAGAGCUCCAGGUGUGUCAGUGCCUUUACAGCUUGGUUUACCUGAUGCCAUUCCACCACAGUAUGGGGCACUGAAGGAAGUGAGCAUUCAUACAGUGAGAGCGAGACUCAGACUGCUGUAUCAUUUUUCAGACCUCAUGUACUCUUCAUGGAGAUUACUUAAUCUCAGCCCCAAUAACCAGAACAGCACAUCUCAUUACAAUGCUGGAACAUGGGGAAUAGUCCAAGGACAACUAAGACCAUUAUUGGCACCAAGAGUCUACACACUUCCCAUGGUACGCUCCAUUGGAAAAACCAUGGUUCAGGGGAAAAACUACGGGCCUCAAAUUACUGUAAAAAGAAUAUCAACCAGAGGUCGGAAAUGUAAGCCUAUUUUUGUACAAAUAGCAAGACAAGUGGUAAAGCUGAAUGCUUCAGAUCUUCGCCUACCUUCCCGUGCCUGGAAAGUGAAAUUGGUUGGAGAAGGGGCUGAUGAUGCAGGGGGCGUGUUUGAUGACACUAUUACAGAAAUGUGCCAGGAACUUGAAACUGGUGUGGUAGACCUGCUUAUUCCUUCCCCAAAUGCUACCGCUGAAGUAGGCUACAAUAGGGAUAGGUUUCUUUUUAACUCUUCAGCCUGUUUAGAUGAACAUCUGAUGCAGUUUAAGUUCUUAGGCAUUCUGAUGGGCGUGGCGAUUCGUACCAAGAAGCCUUUAGAUCUUCAUUUGGCCCCAAUGGUUUGGAAGCAACUUUGUUGUAUCCCACUUACUUUGGAAGAUUUAGAGGAGGUGGACUUGCUAUAUGUGCAGACCCUCAACAGCAUUCUUCACAUUGAAGACAGUGGGAUUACUGAAGAGAAUUUCCAUGAGAUGAUUCCUCUAGAUUCCUUUGUCGGACAAAGUGCUGAUGGUAAAAUGGUUCCCAUAAUUCCUGGUGGGAACAGUAUCCCACUUACCUUUUCAAACAGGAAAGAAUAUGUGGAGAGGGCAAUUGAGUACAGACUUCAUGAAAUUGACCGUCAGGUGGCUGCUGUGAGAGAAGGAAUGUCUUGGAUUGUUCCAGUUCCCUUGUUGUCUCUUCUGACGGCUAAGCAAUUGGAACAGAUGGUUUGUGGAAUGCCAGAAAUCUCAGUUGAGGUCCUGAAGAAAGUUGUGCGGUACAGAGAGGUUGAUGAACAGCAUCAGUUAGUUCAGUGGUUCUGGCACACCCUCGAAGAGUUUUCAAAUGAGGAAAGAGUCCUUUUCAUGAGGUUUGUGUCAGGAAGAUCUCGAUUGCCAGCAAACACUGCUGAUAUCUCUCAGCGAUUCCAAAUAAUGAAGGUUGAUAGGCCUUAUGACAGCUUGCCUACCUCACAGACUUGUUUCUUUCAACUGAGGCUUCCACCGUACUCCAGUCAACUAAUCAUGGCAGAGCGUUUGCGGUAUGCAAUCAAUAAUUGCAGGUCUAUAGAUAUGGACAAUUACAUGCUCUCGCGCAAUGUGGACAAUGCAGAGGGUUCGGACACAGAUUAUUAACUUUCUGUGAACAAAAUCAUCUUCCUUUUAUUACAAAUAGUGCCCUAAGUCCAAUUCAAUGUUGACACAAUUUUAUGGUAACCAUUGAUGUUUUAGGAGCAUAAACAGACAUUAAUAAGCAGUGGCCACAUUUUAGUUACUCUAAAUGUAACAACAAAUUAGAUGUUUUUAUUUUUUGGUGAUUGUUUAAAAAAAAAAGGGCAAAAACCCCCCCAAAAGUGCAGUCAGUAAGUUUUUUCCAUAUUUUGGUCACUUUUGAUAAUUUUGCAUGGAGCCAUUUUGGUGCAUUUUUUGUUGGGAAUGGUACAUUUGUAAGCCCUCCCAGUGAACAUGAAGAGUUGUACAUUGUGUAUAAUUGUUCAUUAGCAAGGACAGUUUUACAUGAAUAGUCCUAUAUUUAUUUUGUUUUAAUUUGAAUUGCCUGUGCAGGGUUCCUUAUGCGGAGAAAAUAAAGCAAAUACAAGAAUGAA